CAAAAUCUUUUCGGAAAAAGGGAUCGAUGGAAAUGAACUUUGAAAAGGUUUCAUCAGUAUUGAUGGAAAAGGAAGUGCAGCCAACUAAGAGGGCGUUUGUGACAUUCUUGGCAGGAAGUGGAGAUUAUUGGAAAGGAGUUGUGGGAUUAGCCAAGGGUUUAAGAAAGAGCAACACCGCUUACCCUCUGGUGGUAGCUGCGUUGCCUGAUGUCCCAGAGGAACAUCGCCAAAUUCUAGAGUCUCAAGGCUGUGUAGUUCGGGAGAUUGAGCCAGUAUAUCCCCCUGAAAAUCAAACUCAAUUUGCCAUGGCAUAUUAUGUCAUCAACUACUCGAAACUUCGGAUUUGGGAGUUUGUAGAGUAUAGCAAGAUGAUAUACUUGGAUGGGGACAUUCAAGUUUUUGACAACAUUGAUCACUUGUUUGAGUAUCCGGACGGGCAGUUUUAUGCUGUUAUGGACUGCUUUUGCGAAAAAACUUGGAGCAAUACAAUUCAGUACCAGAUCGGUUAUUGCCAACAAUCCCCACAAAGGGUGCAGUGGCCAGAAGAGUUGGGAGCACCACCACCCUUGUAUUUCAAUGCCGGCAUGUUCGUUUAUGAACCAAAUUUGUCCACUUAUCACCGUCUUUUGGAAACCGUCAAGAUCACUUCUCCAACUACAUUCGCAGAACAGGACUUUCUGAACAUGUUCUUCAGGGACAUUUAUCGCCCGAUUCCUCCGGUCUACAACCUGGUUUUGGCAAUGCUGUGGCGACAUCCCGAGAACAUUGACCUUGACAGCGUCAAGGUUGUUCACUACUGUGCUGCGGGAUCAAAGCCCUGGAGGUACACAGGGAAAGAAGAAAACAUGCAGAGAGAAGACAUAAAGAUGCUGGUGGAGAAAUGGUGGGAUAUAUACGAAGAUGAAUCCCUGGACUACGUCAACAUUGCUGAUGCACCCUCCAAGAUUAACAAGGAAGGUGGUGGAAAUGAUGAUCAGAAAGAAAAAACAGUUGCAGCGCUUUCCGAUGCUGCUGGCCUCGUUCACUAUGCGACUGCUCCCUCGGCUGCCUAAUGAAUUUUGUCAGCCUUAAAACCAACUUAUUUAUUAUUAGGGCACAAGUCUUCCUUCCAGAUUUGAUCUAGUCCCACUCCCAUCCAUCCAAUAAUGUGGCCUUAGCGAUGAUUACCACCAAGAAGUAGCAAGAGUAAUCCUCUGAAGAUAUACAAUAAAUAAAUCUUGGAUUGUAAUAAUUAGUCUGCCCGUGGUAUGAUUGUACAAUUGCACGUGGACUAUAUAAUAUAUGUACUGUAAUAGCCCAAUAGUUAGGGAGAGAAUCUGAAAUAAUUUCAACUGAUGUACUGUAUUACUUUGUAUGGUAUUCCAGCUGAACUUCUGCUA